UCAAGAAGAGCAGUGCACCAUUUGGAAAUGAGCACUCUUGGCAAGAAAGCGUGGUGGACCUUACCUGAAAACUUUCAUUCUCCACUGGUAUUUUACAUGGAAGAAGACCUAGAGAAGCACAUAUUCGGUCAAGGAGAUAAAUACCUUCAUAGUAUUGAGGUGCACAGCCACACCCUCAUUCAGCUGGAGCCGUGGUUCACAGCCACAGGCCAGACUCGAGUUAUAGUCGUUGGACCACCUAGAGCAAGAAAGUGGCUGCUAAGUAUGAUCCGGAGUUUGGGGAGCCGGGAUUCAUUCUGUCAGGACCAAGGCCUGGAGAUGUUACGGCGUGUCCGGAGCCAGCCCCUGACCAAUCAGGAACUGAUUGGCACCACCAUCGUGGAAUCAGAUACCUUGUGCCUAUCAUUGGCCGUCAGAAUGAGUGGGGCCAUCUCAGGGUUCCCCUUACCAAUUUCAUGGUUAUUUUAGGUUGUUUUGGAAUUAUCUGUAUCCAUAAUAAAGGACUGACUUUCUGGGAAGCUGAGAUGUGAGAAGUCUUAUUUUAGCCCUGUUGAGAAAAACAUGAAAGACUGAUAGAAGUUUUGAUUUGUGGCUCAUCUCAUCUCUCAAGCUUCUAGGUGUGGAUCUGAAGGAAGUUUCCUAAAUGCUGGAAAGCUUUCCACUGGCAAAGAUAUCUA